AGAUCAAUUAAGUUCUUGUAAAGUAAUUGCAGUGUUCUAUGUGGUUAUAAAAUCAGUUUUGAAGUUUAAAUUUACGAAGCGGGUUGCCAUUUAUACCAUUUUUAACUUUGGGCGCGCGUGACUUAAAGACACGAACAACAUGUUCGCGGGUGCACAUGUACCCGUACCAUAACGUGUAAUAUGCAAAUUGGUGCAAGUAGCCGUCUACUCACCCAGCUGCUGUCAAAGUUAAACUAUAAAAUUACACUCGAAAAGUAAAGGACCAUCAUUCAAUCGACCGACACAGCGAAGUCAACUACAAACAGGGCUGCAAAUCAUAUUUCAGAAAAAAUGUUCCAAUUACGAUCCUCACACCUCAUCUGCCUCAUUCUUAUCUAUCAACGUUCUGUUUCUGCGAGCUACGAGUAUGCAGGCUUACCGAACGUUUUCAACUCACUUCCAAACGGCAUAGCCUACGCUACACCUUUGCCCUGUGACUUACCUCCUCCGCCGUUGCAGGGUUAUGGCGCCGCCGCCUACGCCAAACCGCUCGUGUUUGCAUCUUAUCCGCACAUUUAUGCGCCCACGCCACAAUAUAAUUAUGCCUCUGUAGCUCCGUCGUUUGCGAAAGCUGAGCCGCGUAUCAAAGUUUCAACUGGCCUUCCUGUCACAACUACAUAUACGACUGCUGUAGGGUUGGCAGCACCUCCGCCAGUGGUGGGUUUUGCACCUGCACCUUCACCAGCAAUAUAUGGGGUACCGCCAACUGGUUAUAGUGGUUCAGUGUCAUAUGCGGCACCACCAACUUUCAUCGGCUCGACUGCCUAUGCUACACCCACUGUUCUAGCAGCAGCGUCACACGUGAAGAAAUUUCGCGCCCCGUUGCCGGUGACUGGAUACGCGUACGCCCAGGGAGCGGCGUGGUGA